GGAUAGUCGGCGCUUGUCCCGAGGUGCAGCCGCCGCAAUGGGGAACCGUGAAGGAGAAAGCUCGUCAGGACGGCAUUCUGCGGAUCGUGUACUCGUGCGAGCCGGGCCGUAAACUCAAGGGUCACAAGAUAGCGACCUGCACCGCCGACGGUUGGGACCAUCCCGUCCCGAAAUGCGUGCCCCACGAUAAUACGUUGCGACGUUUCCGCAACGAUCUCUAUCUCGGCGAUCAGCCGAUCGUCCCGGACAGGAGCAAGUUACAAAUCGCCAAGGACGGCCUUAAGGCGCUCGAGAGGAUAGACGAUUUAAAGAAGCGCAGAAAAACGAAGGAGGGUAAGAGGAGGAAAAAGAAAAGGAAGAGGCCGGCGAAAUCCUCGUCGAGACUACCCACGGCAACGAGAUUAAACGAAACCGUGGUGUCCCAACUGGAUAUCAGCUGCUUCGCGAGGAAGAGCCUCGGAAAGGGACUUAUUAAGGCCCCUUUGAUCGAGCAUGCUCGCCCCGCCAAAUACGCCAGAAGGAAGAACGUACUGCCGCCGUACAAUCGAUACAUCGUCGCGGUUUACGAGUGCGCGGAUGGCCACGUCUUCGUGGAUUCUACGACGGACAGGCUUUUUUGCAGCAACGGCACCUGGCUCGGACGUCGCCCGAAAUGCCUGAGGGACACUCAACUGCCGACGGAUAAGAUGAAACGUUGCGAUCAGGGAACGGGCGAAUGCGAACACGUGUGCGAGGAUACGCCGAGCGGCAUAAAGUGCUCCUGCUUCGACGGCUUUCGAGCUAAAGGACCGUCCUGUAUCGACAUCGACGAGUGUGCGGAAGGAAUUGCGAAAUGCAGCGAUAUUUGCCGGAACGAACCCGGCUCGUACUCUUGCGAGUGUCAUCGUGGUUUUCAGCUGGGAACCGACGGUCGCUCUUGCCAAGACGUCAACGAAUGCCUCUCGAACAACGGACACGGGCCUUGCCAAGGCACUUGUCGCAAUCUCGAAGGUACCUACGAGUGCAGUUGCGCGGAUAUCCCCGGGUACAAAUUAGCUGCCGACAAUCACACGUGCGAGGACGUCGACGAGUGCGCGCUGAACAACGCGAACUGUUCUCACCUGUGCUUAAACACCCCCGGGAGCGUCUUCUGCCUCUGCCCGGACGGUUUUUACCUGACGAACGAUUGGAAGACCUGUCAGGAUGUUAAUGAAUGCGAGGCGACACCGAAGUUAUGUGCGGAGAAUACCGAGUGCGAGAACACAGUGGGAUCGUACAAGUGCAUAAGUAGGAUACAUCCACACGUGGUAACGAAGAUCCUUCGAGAUGAGGACUACGAUGAUGAAAAUAAAGACGAUGACGACGAUGACGACGAGGACGAGGACAGUGACAGCGAUGACUACGGAGGAGAGAUUACCGAAGUUCCGCGGAGUUCUAAGUGCGAGGUCGGCUUCAAGAAAAACGAAAAUUUGGACUGCGUUGAUAUAAACGAGUGCAUCGAGAGUGAAUCGCACGGCUGCCAGCACGAGUGCGUGAACGAGCCGGGCGGCUACCGUUGCGCCUGUCGAGCUGGUUACGAGCUCGAGGAGGACGGCGCGAGGUGCAAAGACGUGGAUGAAUGCGACGUACUAUCCCGGCCGUGCUCGCACAUCUGUCACAACACCAUUGGCGCGUACGCGUGCGAGUGUCCUUCGGGGUUCACGUUGACUGACGACAACGCGACCUGCGUCGAGGAGCUCAGGAGCUGCGCCAGCCUGACGAAGCCCUGUUCUCACGGCUGCGAGGACACCGCGGAGGGACCACGAUGCGUCUGCCCGACCGGAUACGAACUGUUGGACGAUCGCGCGACCUGCACGGACGUCGACGAGUGCGGCAGGGACGAUCACGGCUGUCAGCACCGGUGCGCGAAUCUGCACGGCGGUUACGAGUGCGCCUGUCACCCAGGAUUCGUCCUGGACACCGACGGCAGAUCCUGCAUCGACGUGGACGAGUGCGCGGAGAAUCGACACGAUUGCUCGCACGCCUGCAAGAAUUUUCCCGGAGGAUACGGAUGCGUCUGCCCGAAGGGAUACCGGGUCCUGCAGGACGCGCGCACGUGCGCCGACGUGGAUGAAUGCGCGGAAGGAUCGCACGAGUGCUCGCACGAAUGCCACAACGAGGAGGGCGAUUACAAAUGUGGGUGUCCUGGCGACAUGUCCUUGGACGACACCGGCAGGAAUUGCGUUCUCGCCGACCCGUGCGAAAACGCGAAUUGCAGUCACUUCUGCGAAAAAGAGCGCGACACUUACAGGUGCGUCUGCCGAGAAGGAUACAUCUUGCAGAAGGACGAAAAGACCUGCUUAGAUAUGGAUGAGUGUUUCGAAGACGAGCACGAUUGUUCGCACGAAUGCAUCAACACUCUCGGAAGUUACAAAUGUGCUUGUCCGCACGGUAUGAGACUUCUCGAGGACAGUCUCACCUGCGGGGACCCGGUAUGCCCGCAAGGACUUCGACAGGACGAGCGCGGUCAGUGCCGGGACAUCGACGAGUGUCUCGAAGGCGAACACGAGUGCUCGCAUUUAUGCUACAACGCGUACGCGUCUUACCGUUGCUCGUGUCCCGUCGGCUGGAUCCUGAAGGACGACGGUUUCACUUGCGUGAGGCACGAUCCUUGCUCCAAUUCCUCGUGCUCACACUCAUGCGUUCCGUCAGACUCGGGUUAUAGAUGCGAGUGUCCUCCGGGUUACCUUCUGGACGGGGAUACGUGUAAGGACAAAGACGAAUGCGAGGACAAGGCGACGAACGGUUGCAGUCACGAUUGCAGAAAUCACGAGGGUUCCUACUCGUGCUCCUGUCCAGCGGGAUUGGAGCUUGGAAAGGAUAAUCGCACGUGCGUGGACAUCCCGGACGAAUGUGCGAAAUCUCAAGAAAAUAAUAACUGCACUUGUCCCGCGGGAUAUACUUAUUCACACGGAGAGCAUAUUUGCAAGGACAUUGACGAGUGCCGGGACGAGCACAAUUGUACUCACGACUGUAUCAACACUGACGGCUCUUACUACUGCGAGUGUCCUGUCGGAUGGCGGUUGCGGGAAGAUUUCAGGACCUGCCAGGAGCUGCCGGACGAUCCUUGCGCCAAGAAUCACGGUUGUUCACAUACGUGCGAAGAGGACGAUGGCCGCGUCCGUUGCGGUUGUCCGGAAGGAUAUGAGCUACAAGACGACGGGAUGACCUGCCAGGACAUUGACGAGUGUUUGUCCGAGGAGGCCGAUUGCUCUCACGAGUGCCUGAACACAAACGGCGCCUUUAACUGCACCUGUCCCAAAGGAUACGAGUUGCGGGACGACGGCAGGACUUGCGAGGACGUGGACGAAUGCGUUGUCCUGGACAAUCCUUGCUCGCACAGCUGCAUAAACCAUAAUGGUUCUUACGAGUGCUCAUGUCCUGCGGGAUAUCGAGUCGGUGAGGAUGGCAGGACCUGCGAGGACGUCAACGAGUGCAUCCAGGACAACGGAGGGUGCUCGCACCUUUGCGCGAACACGGAAGGUGGUAUCGAGUGCGCGUGUCCCGAGAACUACGAGCUGCUGAAGGAUGACGGCAAGACGUGCGUAGAGAUAAACGCGUGUUCCAUCGAUAACGGGGGAUGCUCACAUUUCUGUCAUCACGAGGACGACCGGUUAUCCUGCUCCUGCCCGCUCGGAAUGGUCCUGUCCGAGGAUGAAACAACGUGCACGUACGAGAACGAUUGUCUGCAGGACAACGGCGGCUGUUCCCAUUUGUGUUACCACGAAGAGGGAAACGUGACCUGCGCCUGUCCACCCGGUAUGAUCCUAGCGGAGGAUCAGAGGCUUUGCGUGCAGGAAGACGGAUGUGCGAUCGAGAAUGGCGGCUGUUCUCACUUCUGCCACGAUCGCGAUGGUAACGUGACGUGUUCGUGUCCCGUGGGAAUGUCCUUGUCGCAGGAUGACGACACUCUUUGCGUUCACGAGAACCGAUGCAACGGCCAAUGUUCGGAUGCCUGCGUCUUCGCGGACGGUUCAGACGUCUGCGAGUGUCCCGAGGGUUACCGUCUCUCGUCGCGGGACAAUGCUACCUGCGUGGACGUCGACGAGUGCCUGGAGUUGCAAGACAACUGCACCCAUCAGUGCCUGAACACCCCCGGCGGCUUCAACUGCAGCUGCAACGCCGGCUUCUCGCGGAAUCCUCAAGAUCCGGCCCUGUGCGACGACAUCGACGAGUGCGAAAUCGAAAACGCAGGAUGCUCGCACUCCUGCGUGAACCUCGUGGGCACUUUCAGAUGUCAGUGUCCAACGGAAUACGCUCUAGAGCGGAACAACAAGACCUGCAUUUUGAUAGACGGCUGCAAGAACGACAACGGGAACUGUUCCCAUCACUGUCACCCGGUAGAUGGUCCUGACGGGAUUCCGGGCACCCGUUGCUCCUGCCCGCUCGGCUUCCGGCUGAGGCGCGAUCUCAAGACCUGCGAGGACAUCAACGAGUGCGAGGAGUUUGAGAAUGACGUGGACUCCGGCUGUUCUCACACCUGCGUGAACACCGAGGGCGGUUAUCACUGCGAGUGCCCGGCCGGCUACGUUCUGAUGCCGGACAACCGGAAGAACUGCGUGGACGUGAACGAGUGCCUGACCAGCGGCCACAAUUGCACUCACGACUGCGUGAAUCUGCUAGGCAGCUACGUGUGCACCUGCUAUAAAGGUCAUUACCUGCACACCGACAAUUCCACCUGUUUGGACAUUGACGAGUGUCUCGAGCAAAUUGGCGAGUGCUCGCACAGUUGCACCAACACCAUCGGUGGCCACUUCUGUUCCUGCCCGACGGGCUACGAGCUGUCGCAGGACGAGAAGACCUGCGUCGACAUCGACGAGUGCGCGAGCGACAACGGUGAUUGCGACCACAGGUGCGUCAACACCGUGGGCUCCUUCCGCUGCGAGUGUCCACCUGAUCACGAGUCGUGGAACGGGUCCUGUCGACCGUCCGAUCCCUGCCGGGACCGUAACGGCGGCUGCGAGCAGGUCUGUGUCGCGGAAAAUGGUACUGCGGCAUGCUCGUGCGAGAAAGGCUUCCGGAGGGACGAGGUCGACGGUUUCAGGUGUCGCGAUAUCGACGAGUGCGAGGAACAACACGGCUGCGAUCACAUUUGCGUCAACAAUCCCGGAUCGUACGAAUGCAGAUGUAAGGAGGGAUUCCGAAUGGAGAAUUCUACUUGUGUAGACGUCGACGAAUGCGCAGCCGGUAUUUGCAAGGGCAACAAAUGCACCAACGUGCCGGGCGGCUAUCGCUGCGGGUGCGAGGCGGGAUAUCGAUUCCACGGUGAUACCUGUGUAGAUAUCGACGAAUGCGAGUGGCGUCGCGGCAGAUGCGAUCAGGAGUGCGUCAACACGGUAGGGUCGUUCGUUUGCGCCUGUCGUGCCGGAUACACGUUAAUUUCGAGGUAAGACCCUAACAGGAGUCAGUGUCAAGACGUGAACGAGUGUCUAAACCGGAACGGCGGCUGCACCGGCGAGUGCGUCAACACCGCCGGAAGUUACUAUUGCGCCUGCAGUAAGGACAUGGUGUUGGCGCCCGACGAGAGAACUUGCGUCUCGCCGACGACGACAUCGGGAUGUCGCGCCAUGGAGCCACCCCUACAUGCAGAGGUCAGAUGUCCGGGUCACCCUUCCGGCGCAUCCGUCUACCCGCAGGGGGCCAAGUGUCAUGUCCGAUGUCGCAGAGGUUUCCGGCUGGAGGGGGCGCACACGAGACACUGCGUUAGCGACGGCCACUGGAACGGGGAGCAGCCUAUAUGUCUGCGCGAAGUCGCGACAGACCCUCUUUACAACCCAAACACGCCACGACCGUUCGUGAGCUGCCCCCAGGACAUGGACGUCGAACUACCGGCUAGGCAAAAUACGAUACGCGUAACUUUCCCGCAACCCAAGUCCAACAUGGAUUGGUGGAGAUACGUACACGCUUCACCUCCAUGGGCGAAGCAAUUGCAAGCGGAUCUGCCGGCGGGCACGACGGUCGUUACCUUCACGGCGUGGUCGCCGGUCUCUAAUUACACCAGCACCUGUAGGAUCGUGAUAAGAGUUCGCGAUACCGAAAAUCCCAAGGUUACCAUGUGUCCCGUGUCUUUCGAGGUCAGGCUGAGCCCGGGAGAACGGAGUCGCCUGAUAUUCUGGCAGGAACCGACCUUCACCGACAACGUCGGCGUGGAGCACGUUUACAAAACGAGGGGACCCGGACACGUGAUGUAUCCCGGCGUUCACAAUGUGCGCUACGUCGCCUCGGAUGCAGCCGGAAAUCGAGCCGAAUGCCAUUUCUCGAUACACGUGAGAGAAGCCGCGGAUGGUCGCGACUCCGAGCCGAGAUUCUAUAGAAGAAGGAUGCUGAUGUGCCCCGGCAGACCGCCCCAGCCCGUGCCGGGCUCCUCUUACGAGUGGCAAAUACCGAGCGGUUGUUACUUAAGAUACACCAGAAUCUUCUCCGGGGCUUAUCAGCGACAUCCGGAACAUCGGCAGAACGGUUACCAGGAGACCGGGGCCCCUUAUCGUGAAUUUCCGCUUAUCCGGCAGACUCCGAGUCGCCUGGACGUCGCCGGGACGUACCAUACCGACGAUUAUCGACACCCGGGCCGACAACAAUACCACCCCCAGCGACAGGCGCGGGAGCAGCAGCUGCGGCAGCGGCAAUAUCGGCAACGCGCCACGAGGACCGAUCACGUAGUUUCGCCAUCGACUCAUUACGGUGCGGGCCGCGUCGAGACUAGAAUAUUGCCGCCGCGGCAUGAAUGUUGCACGUAAGGGCCCGUGAACGACACGUAAUAGGCGAACGUAAGUUAACUCCGCCAGCUUCCCCAUCCCCCUCUCGAGGAAAGACUGUCGUGUGAAUCGGCACCUGCGAGCACCUGCGCGUAUCCGCAACUGGAAGAUCGAUCGUAAUUAACUCCGGGAUAGCGUUAUACCUGGAAGAAAAUGGUGUAACACGCCGCCCUUUAACUCGCGUAUACCGAUAUUUUCGUUUCGUAAGCGGUGACGUAUUUGUUUCGAAGUGAUAUGUCUCCAUUAUUCGAUAUUUUCUUUGCGCGGUUUUUAAACGAGAGAAGAUUUAAAUAAGCCUAUGUUAAAAAAAAGGUAAUCAGUAUACGUAUGUACGUUUGACUUUCGUGAUUCUUUCGUCACGUUGCUGAGCAGAUUUCUUGGUGGAUACUUCAGACGAACCUCGUGCCUCGAUCGGUGACGUCGCAGCAGUAGAUUAUUUCCGCAUAGCCAAGUAGAUCAGCAAUGGAAUAAGCUGCCGUCAUCAAUAAUGCCAUUUAAGAGUAGAUAGAUAUAAAAUACAGAGAGAGAAUCCCCGCGCGAACCGACACGGCGGGCGCGGCGCGCGCAACCGUUUUAAUAAGCGAUGUCAAUAAAAUAUUCAUUUGUUGUGCAGCGGCAACAACAAUGCG